AUGGUUAUGGCUAUGGGGAACGCUGAAAAUUUGGACGUGGAGAUAGAGCAAUUGCUGAAUGCGGAGAAGCAUGCGAGGCUCGUCGGCGAUGUCGCCGCCACGAGAAACGCCGUCACCGAAAUUUUACGGCUAUGCUUCGAAGCGCGUGCCUGGAGUACCCUCAAUGAACAGAUUGUUCUCUUGUCCAAACGACGUGGUCAGCUUAAACAGGCUGUGACAGCAAUGGUCCAGCAAGCUAUGCAAUAUAUUGAUGAGACACCAGAUCUUGAAACUCGUGUAGAACUCAUCAAAACCUUGAACAGUGUAUCUGCAGGAAAGAUAUAUGUUGAGAUUGAGAGAGCUCGUUUGAUCAAGAAACUUGCAAAAAUUAAGGAAGAACAAGGACAUAUCACUGAAGCUGCUAAUUUGAUGCAAGAAAUUGCGGUGGAAACUUUUGGUGCCAUGGCAAAAACUGAGAAAAUUGCUUUCAUUCUUGAACAAGUCCGUUUGUGUCUAGACUGCCAGGAUUAUGUUCGGGCACAGAUACUCUCAAGAAAGAUUAGUACGAGAGUGUUUGAUGCUGAUGUUUCGAAGGAAAAGAAAAAACCUAAAGAAGGUGAUAAUGUUGUUGAAGAAGCUCCUGCAGAUAUACCAUCUCUACCAGAGUUGAAGCGGAUCUAUUAUGAACUAAUGAUUCGGUAA